GCUCAUUCCACUCCGUACUGACGCUACUGUAGUGUAGAGAAACGGAACAGAACACGUGAAACCAAACAGCGCAGCAUCCAGUGGGAUACAAUGAAAGCUGUUAAAUAAUUUAAGUGUUCUCUGUCAGCAAAAAAAAAUAAAACAGGAUGGGAGUGGAAAUUUCGUUCGGUGCUAAAAGCUGCUCUCAAAUGCUCCGUGUAAUGGCACAGUCUCUGUGAAACCGAGAGGCUACGCAUUAUUGCACCUCGUCUUUCUGAAGUGUUGGACCUACAUCUCCAGCUCACCAUGGCUCUGAUUGUCCAACUCAAAUCGGUGACAGAUCUCAGGGCAAAGGGGGACAAGAUCGCCAAGGUGGCAUUCAGAGGGCUCUCAUUUUAUACACGGGUUCUGGAAAACUGUGAAGAUGAAGCAAGAUUUGAUGAGACUUUCCGAUGGCCCGUUGCCAGUAACAUUGAUGGGAAUGAGAUGCUUGAAAUCCAGGUGUUCAACUACAGCAAAGUUUUUACAAAUAGGCUCAUUGGGACAUUCCGGAUGGUGUUGCAGAAAGUGGUGGAAGAAGCACAGCUAGAAGUGUCAGACACAUUAAUAGAUGACAACAACACCCCCAUUCGAACAUGUGUUACCAUAGAGAUCAAAUACCAGACUAUGGAUGGUACCGUGGCUGUCUGGAACGAUGGCGAGUUCCUGGAUGAUCCCAAUCGAACAGAAAACGACGGGGCCUUUCAAUUUGAGACGGACAGCCUGUUGUCAGGACACAGCCAGGGCUCUGCAGUGUCUCCAGGGCGCUCCCACCUGAGCCUUCACUCAGGAGAGAGGUCCUUCAGAAAAGUAGGUAAGGGAGUGUUUUCAGCCAUGAAGCUGGGGAAGACACGUUUACCAAAAGAAGACCACAAAAACAGAGAUGAGGCCGCAAUUCUGGAAACGGAGGACCUGGACAGGAAGGCCAUGCGUUUGGGGGGAGGGCUGGACCCGGAUACCAUCUCACUGGCCUCCGUCACCGCAGUCACCACCAACGUCUCCAAUAAGAGAUCCAAACCUGAUAUUAAAAUGGAGCCCAGUGCAGGGAGACCAAUGGAUUACCAAGUUAGUGUUACCAUUAUUGAGGCACGUCAGCUGGUGGGUUUGAAUAUGGAUCCAGUAGUUUGUGUCGAGAUUGGUGAUGACAAGAAAUACACAUCAAUGAAGGAAUCUACAAGCUGCCCUUACUACAAUGAGUACUUUGUUUUUGAGUUCCAUGUGCCUCCUGAUGUCAUGUUCGACAAAAUUCUAAAGCUCUCAGUAAUACAUUCCAAAAACCUCCUGCGCAGCGGCACCUUGGUUGGCACAUUCAAGCUUGACAUAGGCACUGUCUACUCACAACCUGAACACCAGUUCUACCAUAAGUGGGCAAUCCUCUCUGACCCUGAUGACAUCACUGCUGGGGUGAAAGGUUACAUAAAGUGUGACCUUGCUGUGGUUGGAAAAGGAGACAACAUUAAAACCCCCCACAAAGCCAACGAGACCGAUGAGGAUGAUAUAGAAGGGAACCUCCUACUGCCAGAAGGGGUCCCCUCAGAGAGGCAAUGGGCCCGCUAUUACAUCAAGAUCUACCGAGCUGAGGGGCUUCCAAAGAUGAACACCAGUAUUAUGGCUAAUAUGAAGAAAGCUUUUAUAGGAGAAAACAAAGACCUGGUGGACCCAUACGUGCAAGUUCUAUUUGCAGGACAAAAGGGAAAGACAUCGGUCCAGAAGAGCAGUUAUGAGCCAAUAUGGAACGAACAAAUCAUAUUCACAGAAAUGUUUCCACCUCUCUGUAAGAGAAUGAAAAUUCAGAUACGAGAUUCGGACAAAGUAAACGAUGUAGCCAUAGGAACACAUUUUAUUGACCUGAGAAAGAUUUCCAAUGAUGGAGACAAAGGUUUUCUUCCAACACUGGGUCCAGCCUGGGUGAACAUGUACGGUUCUACCCGCAACUACACCCUGAUGGACGAGCACCAGGACCUGAACGAGGGCCUGGGGGAAGGUGUCUCCUUCAGGGCCCGUCUGCUCAUCAGCAUCGCUGUGGAGAUCCUAGACACCGCCUCCACUGAGAUCAUGAGCACCACUGAGGUCCAGGUGGAGCAGGUCCAGAACAUCUCUGAGUAUGUCACUGGAAAAAUUGAAGAGUUCUUCCUCUUUGGAGCCUUCCUGGAAGCGACCAUGGUUGACAGAAAGAUUGGAGAUAAACCCAUCAGUUUCGAAGUUACAAUAGGUAACUAUGGAAAUCAGAUCGAUGGUGUGAACAAGCCGACUAUGCACAGGAGGAAGAAAGAGGGGGGAGACGGUGAUGAGGAGGAGUCUGAGCUCCUUCAGAACUCCAGUGAGGAUGAGGCUGAAGAUGAUGGGGACCUGGUGUCUGUCUCCACAACUCCUCCAAUGAAACCUGUUAUCACUGACAGGAAUUAUUUCCAUUUACCUUAUUUUGAAAAUAAGCCUUGUAUCUACAUUAAGAGUUGGUGGCAGGACCAAAGGAGAAGACUCUACAAUGCCAAUAUAAUGGACAAAAUCGCAGACAAGCUGGAGGAAGGGCUGAAUGAUGUCCAGGAGAUUAUAAAAACUGAGAAAGCCUUUCCAGAACGUAGACUACGGGGUGUUUUGGAGGAAUUAGGAAACGGCUGCAGCCGUUUUGUGACGCUUGCUAACAAGGACCAGAACCAGACUGGAAGGACAAAGCUAGACAGAGAGAGGCUCAAGUCCUGCAUGAGAGAGCUGGAGAACAUGUCCACACAGGCAAAGGUCAUACGUUCUCAAGUGAAGAAGAACACAGUGAAGGACAAGCUGAAACUGAUCCAGAACUUCCUGCAGAAGCUGCGUUUCCUCGCCGACGAGCCUCAACACAGCAUCCCUGACGUCUACAUCUGGAUGAUGAAUAACAACAAGCGCAUUGCCUACGCCCGGGUCCCAUCCAAAGACAUCCUGUACUCUAUUGUGGAUGAAGAGUCUGGCAAGGACUGUGGAAAAGUCAAGACUGUCUUUCUGAAGUUGCCUGGUAAGAAAGGCUUUGGUCCUGCGGGCUGGACGGUGCAGGCUAAAACAGAGCUGUACCUCUGGCUUGGUCUCAACAAGCAGCGCAAGGAUUUCCUGAGCGGCCUUCCUAAUGGCUUCGAGGAGAACAAAGCAGUCAAGGGCCCUGGUUUGCAGUCCUUUCCACCCAUCAGCCUAACCUACAUCAUGAAGCAGGAGUUCCAGCUAAGAGUGCACAUGUACCAGGCCCGCAGCCUUUUUGCAGCAGACAGCAGUGGCCUGUCGGACCCCUUUGCCAGGGUCUUCUUUUCCACACACAGCCAGUGCACUGAGGUCUUAAAUGAGACUCUGUGUCCCACUUGGGACCAGCUCCUGGUGUUUGAUAAUGUAGAACUGUAUGGGGAGGCCUGUGAAUUAAGGGAUGACCCUCCGAUCAUUGUCAUUGAGAUCUAUGACCAGGACACUGUGGGAAAAGCUGAAUUCAUUGGCAGGACCUUUGCCAAGCCCAUCACAAAGAUGUCUGAUGAGCACUACGGGCCUCCACGUUUCCCCCCUCAGCUGGAAUACUACCAGGUCUACCGGGGGAACUGCAUCGCAGGAGACCUGCUAGCAGCGUUCGAGCUCCUCCAGGUUCCUUAUAAUGAAGAGGAGAUUAGAAGAGCUUUACUGGCUGUCAAUGAUUUUGCUGUGCCAGAGAUUAAGAUUGGGCCUGCUGGAAAGGCUGACCUCCCUCCCAUUGACGGCCCCACUGAUUCAGAGAGAGGUCCCAUUCUUCCUGUUCCUAUGGGCAUCCGGCCGGUCCUGAGCAAAUACAGGAUUGAGGUGUUGUUCUGGGGUCUGAGAGACCUGAAGAGAGUGAACCUGGCCCAGGUGGACAGACCUCGAGUGGACAUUGAGUGUGCGGGGAAGGGGGUCCAGUCAGCUCUCAUCCAGAACUACAAGAAAAACCCCAACUUCAGCACCCUUGUCAAGUGGUUUGAAGUUGACCUCCCAGAGAAUGAGCUUCUUCACCCUCCUCUGAACAUCCGAGUGGUGGACUGCCGUGCCUUUGGGAGGUACACCUUGGUGGGAUCACACGCGGUUGGUUCUCUCCGCAAAUUCAUCUACAGGCCUCCAGACAAGACGGCUAACAACUGGUCCACUGCAGCUAAGCUGAUGAGUGGCUGUCUGGCACUGACAAACGGAGGCCCGUACUCUCGUCCCACAGGUGAAAUAACUGUGAACAUGGAACCCGAGCCUCGUAUCAAGAAGAUGGAAACAUGUGUCAAGCUGGACUCUACCUCUGAUGCUGUUGUUAAAGUUGAUGUGCCUGAAGAAGAGAAGGAAAAGAAAAAGAAGAAAAAGAAAGGCGAGGAGAUUGAGGAGGAGGAGCCCGAUGACAGCAUGCUGGACUGGUGGUCCAAAUACUUUGCCUCCAUUGAGACCUUGAAAGAACAACUGAGGGCACAAGAAGCAGCUGCUGCUGAAGCAGAAGAGAAGGAAGAUAUGGAGAUAGCAGCAGAGGGUACAGAGAUCAAAGCUGAUGAAUCUCCUGUGAAAGGCUCAAAGGGAAAGGAGAAGAGCAAGGAUAAGGGCAAAGGCCCCAAGGAGGACAAGAAGAAGAAGCAGCAACAAGGUGAUAUGUUGGAGAAGAGCAACAAGCACAAGAUCGAUGAGCUACAUGUGUACAACAAAGAACUGGAACAGGAAUGUGAUAACUUUGAGGACUGGCUGCACGCAUUCAACCUUUACAGAGGAAAGAUCGGAGAUGACGAUGACAACGUGACAGACGAGGAAAGGAUUGUUGGAAGAUACAAGGGCUCUCUGUGUGUAUAUAAAGUCCCACUUCCAGAGGAUGUGACCAAGGAGGUUGGCUUUGACCCUAACUUUGGUAUGUUCCAAGGAAUCCCAAACAACGAUCCAGUCAACGUACUAGUCAGAGUGUAUGUGGUCAGGGCCACAGAUCUGCACCCUGCUGACAUCAAUGGAAAAGCUGACCCCUAUGUUGUUAUCAAACUAGGGAAAACUGAAAUCAAAGACAAAGAAAACUACAUUUCUAAACAGCUAAACCCCAUUUUUGGAAAGUCCUUCGAUAUUGAAGCCACCUUCCCGAUGGAGUCCAUGCUUACAGUCUCGGUCUAUGACUGGGAUUUAGUUGGAUCUGACGAUCUCAUUGGGGAAACAAAGAUUGACCUGGAGAAUCGAUACUACAGCAAGCAAAGGGCAACCUGCGGCAUCGCACAGAGUUAUUCCAUCCAUGGAUACAAUGUCUGGAGGGACCCCAUGAAGCCCACCCAGAUCCUGACGAAGCUCUGUAAAGAGGGCAAGGUGGAUGGACCUCACUUUGGACCAGGAGGGAGAGUUAAAGUGGCAAACAGGGUGUUCUUGGGACCAACUGAGCUCGAAGAUGAAAAUGGGCUGAAGAAGCAGACAGAUGAGCACCUGGCCCUGAUUGCCCUCCAGCACUGGGAGGACAUCCCUCGCGUCGGCUGUAAACUUAUUCCAGAGCAUGUGGAGACCAGGCCUCUCCUCAACCCUGACAAGCCAGGGAUCGAGCAGGGGCGUGUUGAGAUGUGGGUGGACAUGUUCCCCAUGGAUAUGCCAGCGCCAGGGCCUGCCAUUGACAUCUCACCCAGGAAACCAAAGAAUUAUGAGCUGCGUGUUAUUAUUUGGAACACUGAUGAAGUAGUACUAGAAGAUGAUGCUUUCAUGACAGGAGAGAAGAUGUCUGACAUCUAUGUCAGGGGCUGGCUGAAGGGACAGCAGGAGGACAAACAGGACACUGACGUCCACUAUCACUCACUGACCGGCGAAGGAAACUUCAACUGGCGUUAUAUCUUUCCCUUUGACUAUCUGCUUGCUGAGGAGAAGAUUGUCAUCUCCAAGAAGGAGUCCAUGUUCUCCUGGGAUGAGACUGAGUAUAAGAUCCCCGCCCGGCUCACCCUGCAAGUGUGGGACGCGGAUCACUUCUCUGCUGACGACUUCCUAGGGGCAAUCGAACUAGACCUGAACCGAUUUCCUCGGGGGGCUAAAACAGCAAAGCAGUGCUCUAUAGACAUGGUGCUGAAUGAGCAGGAGCUGCCUACUAUUUCCAUCUUCAAACAGAAAAGGGUCAAGGGCUGGUGGCCCUUUGUAGCCCGGAACGAGAAUGAUGAAAUGGAACUCACGGGUAAAGUGGAGGCAGAGCUCCAACUCUUAACUGCAGAAGAAGCUGAGAAGAGCCCCGCCGGUCUAGCCCGUAACGAGCCAGAGCCCUUGGAGAAACCAAAUCGUCCCAAUACAAGUCUGUCCUGGAUGCUGAAUCCCAUGCGAAUCGUCUGUAUUCUAGUCUGGAGAAACUACAAGUGGUCCUUACUGGGAUUCCUGGCUGCCCUGCUGCUACUUCUGUUCAUUGUACUGGUGAUUUACUCCAUGCCUGGGGUAAUCAGUGAGAAAAUCUUUAAUGCAGGCAGGUAAACAAAUGGUCCUCACUCAAGGGUGUGCAAAGCUUGGGAUGCCAGCUCAAUAUUAUCAAUACAACUAAAGAACCUUUACUACUGGUCAGACUUUCUGACAAGGUAAAAUACACUGUUGGAAGACUUACACCAGUGGUAUGAAGUGAAGCUACAAAAGGCAUAUCCACCAUUCAGAAAGCUUUUUCAGGCACGAAUUAAGUAGAUGACCACUACUGCAGAACAUACAGAAAGGCCUUUAUUAUGUUAUUACAACACAGGAACUGAAGUACUACUGGCUUUACCAUUGUUUGCAAAUGUAAUUAUUACAGUGUUGAUCACAGUGUGGGUAAAAUCAUCUCAAACAGUUGAUUGGCAUUUGAGUUCAUGCAUGAGAGAUGUCCCGUUUCUGGUUGUAAAACUCUCAUGAUCAUUGAAACAGAUGCUGAAAAACCCUUUCUUACCGUAGUAUCAUUUGAUAGAAGUGCUUGCUCCUGUACUGAAAGUUGUGUUUAUGCUAAUAUAAGACCAGUCUAUAGUUCUCUACAUAUGGAGAAAAAUGUCAAAUGGAUCUGUCAGCCAUUAAAAGUGCAUGUGUUGGUAUGUGAAUCUUAUUGUCGUCUAAAACCAUUCAAACACAUUUUACUUCAAUUGAACCUACAACAUAACUGUAUAGAUUUUGCCGCAGUUGCACUUACAAAAUAAGUACAAUCUGCAGUUAUUUGGUGUAAUUCACUGCACUGUCACUGGGGUUACGUUACAUAGUAUUUUUGCUGAAAUCUAUUUUGUUCAUUCAAAUCUUCAUUUUUAAAGGUGUGUGGAAUUCAGACUUUAGUCACAAUAUUGGAACAUAUGUGUCUCAUAUACAAUUGGGUAGUGCAGCCUGGCUCUUAUGAAUGAUUUUCUGGGGACAUAAACGUCAUCAUUGACUUCCCUAGUUUCUAAAGGAUCAGAAAUAUUUUGGUUGCAUUUUAUGUUAAGUAGUACAAGAAAAACAAACUCUGACUUGUGUAACGCCUUUAAAAUCAUAUAUUGCACCCACUUAAGUUAACAGAUGCUAGAUCGUGCUCUGAAGUUCUGCUUGUAUCUGCUAAAGAUGCAAAUAAAAAUUGAAUUUAGUGUGUUUGACAGCAGCAGGGUUAAUCUGAACAAACAAUGUUCUCCCCCUGUAGAAGUUUCCCCUUGUAACAUUGUGCAUGCUAUCCCCCCUCUUUCUGUUCUGUGUGGUCCAGGCUAGGAGGUAAAGACCAUCAAGGUGGGUGGCCAUUAUUGUUUAACAAUGACAUUUGUAUAUUGUUAAGAUGAUUGAUAUAUUUUUGGAAUGAAACCUGCUUGUUCUGUAAAAGUGUCUGGAAUGAUCUGUCAGUUGUUUACAAUACAUAGUAAUAAAAACUGUUGAAAUGUU